AUGUACACAAGUUGGAGCUGGAAAAUAUGGAGCACAUUUGGUGUUUUAUUGCGUUUAUUAUUUGUAGAUAUUCCUAGUGAUAUUUAUAGAUUUUUAAAUUUGCGUCAAAAAGUUGGUAAUCUUUGAUCUACAUAGUAAUAAUUCAAAACACAAUAAAUAUUUUCAGGAUGUUCAAGGCCAAGUUAUAGUUAUAACUGGGGCCGGAUCAGGUCUAGGUAGAGCGAUGUCCUUGAAUUUCGCUCGCCGAAAAGCAAAAGUCGCACUAAUUGAUGUAAAUAAGGUUAGCUAAUAUAAUAAUUUUUGUAACAAGUUACAGUAAUUACAGGAAGGCGGUAAAGAAACCGAGACACUGAUUCAUCAAGAGGGUAAUUGUGCAAAAUUCUGGUUUUCUGAUAUUAGCGAUGUUGAGGGAAUGAGAAAAGUUGCUGGAGAGAUUGAAAAAGAGUUAGGUAUUCCUGAUAUUGUUGUUUGUAAUGCGGCUAUUUUAUCGUUCACAAGUUUUAUGGAAAUAUCGGAUAACUUGUUGAGAAAAUGCCUAGAUGUCAAUAUUUUUGGAACUAUUAACGUGAGUUUGAAUUUUUGGAGAAAAAUUCAUAUAAAAAACAAAAAACAAAAUAAUAUUCAGACAAUCCGAACAUUUCUUGGGAAAAUGGAAGAAACUAAUUCUGGUCAUAUUGUUUGUGUGAGCUCUAUUGCUGGCUGGUCUGGAGAAACUAUGGGAUUAUCUUAUUGGUGGGUAAUAUGCUGUUAGACUUGAAAGUAGUUCGUGAGAAAUUUGUUAAAUUUGAAAGUGGGAAACUUCAAUUUUAAUCUACUCGAAAAUAAAACCUAUCAACAUUCUUCACAUUUCGAUAAAAGUAUUGGUCCGAAUUUUUUCUAGAAACUUACGUAUGUCGGAAAUUUAAAAACAAAUUAAUCUGAAAUACUUUGGUUUUUUCAAAAAUCUCAACAAAGCAAAACCAAACUCUAAACAUUUUAGCACCAGUAAAUUUGCAAUCCGAGGUGUCAUGGAAUCUCUGCAAAUGGAACUUCGAGACCGCGGUCUUGAAGGUAUCAAAUGCACAACUCUUUAUCCAUAUUUUGCAAGAACCCCAAUGAUUCUUGAAAACAAUAUGCGUCCAACAUGCACUUGGUUUCCUUUUAUGAGUAUCGAAUCUUGUUCAAGGCGUAUGGUUGAUAGUAUCUUGAAGGAAAAAAUCAAUGCGUUUGUGCCCUCAUAUAUUGCCCUAGUGCCAUUUGUAAAAAAGUGAGUUUAUCUUCAGUCAGCAGACUACAUUGUAGUUCUGAUGUGAUAUUAUGUUAUGUUAUCAAACAGUCCUUGACAGUUCUGAUUUUCUCAAAACAAUUAUAAUAUUCUUCUUUUUUUUUCUUCUGAAUAACAAAAUAUUGUGUACAAACAAACAAGUAGAUGCAACAAAAACUGUUCUAUAUUUCUCUGCGUCUCUCUUGAUUUUAUCUAUUCUCGGCCGAAUUUCUUGUCUAUUUCCUUUUUUCUUGUUGUUUUUAUAUAAAAACUUCGGAUUUAUUUCAGUUUUUGUUCAAAUCAAGUGCUUCGCUCACUUCGAAACUACCUUGGUAUCAAAUAUACACCAACUGAUCCAAGUUUUUGUAAGCUGAAAUUGAUCGAGAUGGCAGAUUAUUUUAGAAGCCCGAAUUUUGUUUGGUAUAUGAUUAUUGUUCCAGCGUUGGUCAUCAAUUAUGUGAGUUUCAAAAGAAAAAGUAGAUCAGAGCUUAUCCAGAAGUUGAAAGGUGUUUUGAAAGUUAGUUAGUUCAGCAAAAAUAAUUAAACAAAUGAAAAAUCGAUGUUAUUGCAAAAAUUAACAUUACCAGGCCAACCGCAAACCUCACAAGACGGCUUCAAAAAUAAAAAAAAAUUCCAGUUAGCCUAUGCUUCACCGAAACUCCUCCAACCAAUCCCAGUAAUUGGUCCAAUCGCUGCCAACAUUGGAAUCAAUCACCAUGGUGUUACAGUCGUUACCAAUAUCCUCGCUCUAGUUGCACAUAUUGGUGAAGCAGUCUACGCUUUAGUUCUCUGCAAUCGCGCCAAUUUAAGGUAGGUAAAUUGAAUUGACAAGUUGACCUUUUUUUAAUCCAAGAACAUUUUUUUUCAAAAAAUCACGUAAUCUUCAGCUUCGCCAGUUCAGCCAAAUGGUUCUUGCAAACAUUCAUUCUCGGUUUUCCAUCUCUCUCAAUUCUCUCCAACUACGCGUCAAUGCAGAAAAAAAGCCACUAA